CGCCCCGUGUCGUUCUUUCGAACUGGAGAACUGAGUAGCCAGUCAUCGUAGAUUGAAAAAGUCAGAAUGAGGAAUGUGAGAUGUCUGUUCUCGGAGAAGCCGCCGACGAUGAGUCUCUUUCGGCUGUCUGUGGGGCGGAAGGCUUUGUUCAAAGCCAGACAGAGUUGUCACCCUACGUGAUGUCCCUCGCCAAGUUUUGGGAAGUUUUGGUUCAUCGUGAAGAUUACGAACCGCGACACAUUCAAAACUAGAAGUACUUAAGGCAAUCUAUCCGCGCCUUUUCUUCGGUCCGCAUCACCUAGAUUAGUCUCCGGUUUCGCCAGUAUCACCACAUUUUGCCUCAGCUGUGCAAGAACGACAGUCCCUUUCAACUCAGCUGCAGACAACGAAGAUGGCGCCCAUAAUCCACCUUGUCCGUCACGCACAAGGCUAUCACAACCUCAGCGAAGCCAAUCAGCAGAUCCGGGACCCAGACCUGACACCCCUGGGCAAGCAGCAAUGCGAGGCGCUCUGCAAAAAGUUUCCGUCGCAUGAAAAGAUCACCCACCUAGUCGCUUCGCCCAUGCGCCGCACCAUCUAUACCUGUCUGCUGUCAUUCGCUCCCGUCGCCAAGCGGGGCAGGAAAGUCAUUGCCCUGCCCGAUGCGCAAGAAGUCUCCUUCCUCCCCUGUGAUGUCGGCCUAGAGCGCGAAAAGCUCAAGGAAGAAUUUGGUGACGAGGUCGACUUGUCACUGGUCCACGAGGGCUGGAACGACAAGUCCAUCGACAGCAAGUACUACCCAGAUGCCAUAAAGCUGGAAUCUCGCGCGCGCGAAGUGAGGCUGUGGCUGCGCAAUCUCGUGCAGAGCGCUAGCGACGACUCGCAGGUCGUUCUGGUCACCCACGGGGGGAUCCUGCACUUCCUGACGCAGGAUUGGGACGGCUUGCGCCCUGGCUCUGGCACAGGGUGGGAAAACACGGAGUGUCGCUCGUACGAAUUUAAGGACCCCUCGGGCCAGGACCCGGACGCAUCGCUGGUGGAGACGAGGACGAGUUGGCGUCAGAGACGGGGGAGCGCGAAGCCCUUGACUCCUACGGAGCAGACGCAGCUACGGGAGGCUUUUGCGGAGCAGAUGGAGGAGGCAAAUCGGAAAAAUGGCGCGUGAGCCACGAAGCAGGGAUCAAGAAGAUUCGAGGUUUUAUCGAGCGUCACGGAGACCUCAAGGACGGUCAAUCCUCUGCAUACGCAAUACGGUACAGCGACAGACUUGAUUUCACAAUGUACGAAAUUUCACCGGCACAGAGCUUUGGGAUGGGUGAGCCUAGAGCACGCUUCUGUGGGUGUGCUGGCGAAUGAUGGUCACGCAGGGGGGGUCCUAGCACGCGGCAUCCCCCGUCGCCGGAUGCACUGCUAUGCAAGCUGUCGAGAUAGCUAGACAAGUAUAGAUGCGGCGGUUCGAUCAGGAGUAAUAGACAGCACAAGACACAAGUAGAUACAAUAGAAUACUGAUACGCCGAUGAGUGCAACGGAAGAC